CCGGGAUACUAAGGUACUCUAAGCAUUGUUCUCCACAAGAUAUUGUUUGUAUCUGAACUUUUGAAGUAUGUCAGCAAACCACAGUCCAGCCAAGUACAAAACCGAACAGAGGAACAUAAAACAAAAAAUUUGAACAGACGGCCCGCUUUGUGCAUUUCGCAUUGCGACUCAAUGUACAGCGGAAUCCGAUAUUGACUUACCGGAAUCUAUAGGAAAACGGGCGAUUUGCCGGAUCGGACCCGGCUGAUAUCACUACAGUAGCGGGUGGCUGGAUCUUUCGCAACAUCCGGACAUAUAUAAAGUAAUUAAAUUUGAAUCAAAUUAGGGUAAAUGAGUUUCUUCCGUCUUCAGCUCACUCAAGUUAAAGCUCUAACUUUCACUGUUUUUAACCCAGGCCUCUCUUCUUCGUUCAAUUUUGUUAUUUUCCCAUAGUUUUUCUCCGUCUGGGCUUCCUUCUAGUAGUAAUCUGCUGCUAAAAGAAUGGCUCCAAAACUUGACAUUGCUUGGGAACAUGCCACACCAUUUGAAGGUAACAGAAAACUUCCACAAUGCAAUUACUGCCACAAGAUCAUAGAUGGGGUUACACAAUUAAAACGACACAUUGCACAUGCACCUGGGACUGCGGAACCCUGUCCAUCAGCUCCAAAAGCAGUUUCACAUAUGUUGAUGAGAAAUCUUACAAAGGGCAGAAAACUCAAAGAAACACUUUCUGAUGUUUUCGAAAUGGAAGGAAAUAGGUAUAUGCAAGCUAAGCUUUGUGGAGAUGAGAGUAGUUACAUGGAUGUUGAUUAUUCUGGGGAUGAGGGAUUGACGGAGCUUGAAAAGUUUUACCUUAAACAAGCCAUGGAAGAGAGUCGUCAGACAGCUCGUUUUGAGGAAGAGAAAAGGAAAAAAUUUGAUGCCGCAGUUUAUCAAAUCUCGUCACCUUCAACUGGUAAUGAUAUCGCUGGUCCUUCAAGCAACUCAACUUCCAGAACAAAGCGUGGGCACCCUUCCAGAAGCACAAAAAAGAAGGCACAAAUUGUUGAGAUGCAAAUUGAGGAAUUGGAAAAAGAAUUGAAUCUCCAAAAACAAAAAGUAAGUGACCUUGAACAAGAAAAUCUGCAGUUGAAGAAGCAGAUGCUGCAUAUGCAAGAACUACAGCAGCCUAAAAUGCCUGAAGAAAAGAAUCUCGGUGUCCAUGAACUUGAAGCCUUGCUUUUUCAGAAGGAAACGGAGAUCAAUGAAUUGAAAGAAAAACUAGCUGAGAAAGAUGAUGAACUUCAUGAUGCGGAAGAUUUAAACCAGACUCUCAUGCUCAAGGAGCGGAUGAGUAACACUGAACUGCAAGAAGCUCGCAGGGAAUUGAUCAAUGUUUGGCCUGACCUUAUGAGUACACCAAAAGUUGUGAUAAAGAGGAUGGGUGAGAUCGACCAGACACCUUUUCAAAAUGUCUGCAUACGUAGAUUUGGUAAGCAUGAUUGGGAGGUGAAAGCUACCAAACUGAGCUCUUGGUGGCAGGAGAUGGUGAACAAUCCGAACUGGCACCCUUUCAAAACAAUAGAGAAAGAUGGAAAAUUGCAGGAAGUAAUAAAUGAAGAUGAUCUAGCCUUGAAAGAACUGAAAUACCAAUUGGGUGAUGCACCAUAUAAAGCUGUCGUUGCUGCCCUGUUGGACUUAAAUGAGUACAACCCAAGCGGGCGAUACAUAACUCCAGAGCUGUGGAACCUUAAUGCUGGAAAAAAAGCUACCUUGCAGGAAGCAGUCCAAUGCAUGAUUCAGCAGUUGAAGAAGUCCUCCCGAUAUCCCUGUUGAUCCAUCCCCAGCAUCUAACCCAAUGUUUUUAACAGAUGUGAAUAUCCAUCACGGGUUAGAGUUCAAUAUCUCCUUUUGCUGUAUUUGCCUAAAACUUUUAGCAUACACACAUAUAUGAAUGUUGUGUGGAGUCCCACUUCAAUUUUUCAGUUAGGACUCUAUUGUAUUCAACAUAGGGAGCAUUCCUGUAUAAAUUAAUGUGUCCCCCAAUUGCCCUAUAAUGAACACAUGAAAUUGUUAACCACGCAAAAGCUUUGAAGAUUAC